AUGCCUCAAGUGGCCGACAACUCAAAAAAGUCAGCCGGUACCUCUAGUAGACGGAGUAAGACGAAAAGCGGUCGUUCGACGGCCUCCACAAAAGCUCCAGUAAUAGAAACUGUUCCGGCUGCCCUGCCAGCUGCUGCCGAUCUGUCUGCCCUAUCUCUGUGUCUGUGCCUGGCAUCGGCAAACAGCUUCAACCCACCAAAACCAUUAUACAGCUUUGCAGCUGAACUAAACCUCAAACUCCGUGAGAAAGAAGAAGCAUCGGAGCAUCCAAAUGAUCAGUUUGGACACAUUCCAUUACCCAUCGUAACACUAUUCAACGGACCAGGUGGUGGGAAUCCCUUUACUGCAGGGAAGUGCAAGUGCAUCCAUGAGUUGUGGAUCAUCCCGAAGCCGGACGUUUCUCCAACAGAAAUUUCUAUCCACCUAUACGAACUGAAAAAUCGGGUUGUCCAAACCCUAAUGAUGAAAUCAAACCUUAAUCCACAAAUUAUCUGUGAUAAUGGGGCAUCUUCAAUACCAAUGGAUCGGCCAGAGCAAGGAGUGGAUCUUGCAAUUGAGUGUCUGGAGGCUUGCCAAAUUCGAACCAAAUUCUUUCUAGGAAUCAACUUAGCUGGUGAAUCCAUGUUCGACGAGAUUAAAGGCAAAUACGAACCGAUCAAAGGAGUUUGGAAAACAGCUGACGAGCUGACUGCAUUCUAUGCUGAGCUAUUAAACAAGUAUCCUGAGAUACGACUCUUAGUGAAUCCCUUUAGGAAACAGGAUAAACAAAGCUGGAGCAUGCUGCAGGAGCGAUUUGGUCCAAGUGUUCUGUUAUCCAUAAGCAGUAUACCGGAAUCAAUUGAGUCUUCUAGUGCUGCGGAGGCAAGUGAGGAAGGAAUCAACGCACCUGAACGCUUGCGUCCUCCGUCCGGUCCGGGAAUCAGGGAGCUGCUCUAUGGGUCACCGAGAAGCAUCUCUAAUAGCCCUUCUGCUGCGAUACAGUCGGUAGCGGCGACAGAACAAAGUACCAAUGAAGUCCAGGCCGAAGAGGAGCCACGGAGUUAUUCCGCAUGGCUAUUCAAUGCGGAACCGAGGUUGGAUUCGUGUCUGGUGACAGAGUUAUGCAGAGCUAUACAGAGGAUGAAAGAAAUAUCGGUACGGACAAUAUUUUCCGUAGUCUGGUCGAAGCCCGAUCUAUGGUCCGUGGAACUGGCCAUUGGCUUCGGUGUCAGCUUCAUCAAGUUCGGUGGGCUAUUUUCUGAUGGAGCAAUGACCCAGCUGUCACACUGGUUAAGCAUAGCCGCUGGUCAAACAUCUCAGUGGCCGCCAAACUAUGAAGAGCGGAUCGAUGUGGAAGGUGCCUUAAAUCAACCAGCGCCUUAUUCAUGGAUGAGUACAUUUGGAGCACCCACGGACACGGAAUCAAUGUAACCGUGGUUCCAGCCUUCAAACAUUUUUCUUAUAAAAAACUUUCAAAUUUGAUAUUGAUGUAACCUCACAUUCAUUAAUAGCAUGAUAAAGUCGCGCAACGUAUUUGGAUGAGUUUGAAACUAACUGGAUUAAUUCACUCUGCAAAAGGUUAGAAGGGAAAUAAACCCAUUGCUAUCAGACGUUACCAAUAUACUUAAUCUAGAGAAACGGGUGCUCACUUAACAGAAGUUUCCAUUGUGUGCACCAGCUAUGAUUAAAUUUACCUGAACUCCUAACCAGUUCUGCCAUAUUCCACAGUAGCAACGAAGUCAAUCUUACAUUUCUCGUAAAUGUUGCGAUUUGAUAGCAGAGUUGCGAUUUUUUCAAAAGGAUUACGAAUGAG